CGCUCCCCUCUUACUAUUUUGACCGAAUUGGAACUCGGGACUUGUGUUUAGUGUUUCGUGGUCAUCAGUGAGACACCGGGGUUCCUUGCAUUUUUUAUGUCGAAUUACUGCAGUUUUGGUGUGGGGGAAAGGAAGCUUUGUUGGGGUUAAGCAGGAACAUUCAUUGGUUCUCGCCUUCUAGUCUCGCAAGGAGUGUGUAGUAGUCGCAGCGGAUUCUCCUUCCAAAUAUCGGACCUUGAGAUCAAUUAUUAUCAGCGCCAUAUUGGGUAAAUGGAUAUGAGAGGUGGUGGUGGUAGUAGUGGUAACCCUCUAAGAAACUACAGGAUUGGGAAAACUCUUGGCCAUGGUGCAUUUGGUAAGGUGAAAAUUGCUGAACAUUUGCUGACAGGACACAAAGUGGCUAUCAAGAUACUCAACCGCCGGAGAAUGAGGAGCCCUGACAUGGAGGAAAAACUAAGAAGGGAAACACAGAUAUGUAGAUUAUUUGUUCACCCGCAUGUUAUACGACUGUAUGAGGUCAUAGAAACACCAACAGACAUAUUUGUUGUCAUGGAGUAUGUGAAGUCCGGAGAGCUAUUUGAUUAUAUUGUGGAAAAGGGCAGGCUACAAGAGGAUGAAGCUCGUAGUUUUUUUCAGCAGAUAAUUUCUGGGGUAGAAUACUGCCAUAUGAACAAAGUGGUUCACCGAGACCUCAAGCCUGAGAAUCUUCUCUUGGAUUCAAGGAGCAAUGUGAAGAUAGCUGAUUUUGGUUUGAGCAAUGUUAUGCGAGAUGGCCAUUUUCUUAAGACAAGUUGUGGUAGCCCAAAUUAUGCUGCUCCGGAGGUUGUUUCUGGUAGGCUUUAUGCUGGCCCUGAAGUAGAUGUCUGGAGUUGUGGUGUUAUAUUGUAUGCUCUUCUUUGUGGUACUCUUCCUUUUGAUGAUGAGAACAUUCCAAAUCUCUUCAAGAAAAUAAAGGGUGGUUUAUAUACGCUUCCAAGUCAUUUAUCAGUUGGAGCUAGAGAUUUAAUACCACAAAUGCUGGUUGUAGAUCCAUUGAAGCGAAUAACUAUACCUGGAAUUCGUCAGCAUCAUUGGUUCAAGGCUCAUCUUCCUCGCUAUUUGGCUGUUCCUCCUCCUGAUGCAGUGCAGCACUUGAAGAAGAUUGAUGAGGAGAUACUUCAAGAAGUAAUUAGAAAGGGAUUUGAUAGGGGCCAACUACUCGCAUCCUUGCAAAAUAAAGAACAAAAUGAUGGUACUGUUGCAUACUAUUUGCUGUAUGAUAGCCGAUCCCUUGUUUCUGGCGGUUAUCUUGGAGCUGAGUUCGUGGAAUCAACGGAGGUAUUUCCCACGGCAUUGUUUGCGAAUGUUGAAUGUGAGAUGUCGGUUGGGCAUAGAUUUCCUCACGACACAUGCUUGAGACCCUCAUUGUCAAGAGAGAAAAAGUGGCUUGUUGGACUUCAGUCCCCAGCAACUCCACAAGAGAUAAUGACUCAAGUUCUGGGUGCACUGCGAGAAUUGAAUGUCCGGUGGAAAAAAAUUGGGCACUAUAAUAUGAAGUGCUUGUGGUGUUACUCUCACAGUCCUAUUCAUAAGGCAAGCAACAAUUGCAUGAGUGAUGACUGUAUUGCUGUUGGUCAAACUGCUGUAAAUGCAAAAGGUCUUCUAUUGCCGCAAGUUGUGGUCAAGUUUGAAAUCCAGCUUUACAAAACCGAGGACGAGAAAUACGUGCUUGAUCUACAGAGACUUAGCGGCCCACAACUUGUGUUCCUCGAUUUCUGUGCUGUUUUUAUUUUCCAUCUCAAUGCCACUUAGUGUCAAUGGCCGAAGCAAAGAGAUAUCCAGGGCGCGAAGCACAAUGGUAUGCCAUGAAAAUAAAGAGUGCAUGUAUAUGUAUAUAAAUACCUGAGGCCGUAGAGAGGCAUUUCAGGAAGAUUGUGAUGAGAAUGAAAAACUGAUGUAUCAUUCAUCAUUUGUAUAUUGUCCAUGUUUGCAUGUAUAUUUUGUUAUAUAUACUCUCUCCGUCCUAAAAUUUUCUUCCCAGAGCACUAUUCCAACUUUACGGGAAUUUAUAUUUAUUUGUGUUUUUUCAUGGCCUAUAUGAUAAAAUAAAAUAUUCUUGUCACCACUUGUUUUGUUGAACUUUUGAUGUAGUUUUUAAAUAUGUAUGUUUUAUUUUUUAUUUCUAUACCAAUAUUUAAAUAAAAGAGAUUGAAAAAAUUUGGGAUUUUUCUUCGUUUUGCGCAACGGGAAGAAAGAUAUAGGACGGAGGAAGUAUAAUUUUUUCGGACUUGAAGCAAUGUCAUGUAUAAAAUGGAUUGUCUUCU